AUGCCGCCACCACCAGAUUUCGAGUCCUUUCCCCGGCGUCGGCCGGUCCUUCGCGGCACGGCGUCGACGCCAAACCUAAAAGAUCCGGGCAUCCCGUCGAUCCAUGACCCACCACCAGCGUACGAGGUGUUUCCCGGCGUCGACGCUGGUGGGAGGCUCAACAUCAUUCCCCCCAGCCCAAGGAGGCUGCCAUCGCCCGCACCGCCGGGUCCCGGACCGUUAUUCCCGGGGCCGCCUUCAUGUGCAGACACUUUUAACGAGCCGCAGUAUCGACCCUACCGACCUGCAGCAUCUCCGGUCCCUCCGGUGUCUCCCUUGUCAUCAGUUCCGCCUGCGCCAUCAUGGUCAGAAGCCUCGUCAUCCGCAUCGCAUUAUCAACCUUCACAAUUAACGGGCUUUCCUCCUCCAGUCAAGUCGGAAACAUUCGCAGUCCCUUUCAAUCAUGUCCCUCCUCCUCCACCACCACCUUGUCCUCCCCCAAUCAAUGCGGCAACCUUCCCCGUAACUGCACACGAACGCCCUCUAGCUUCCCCGGUCCUUGCAGGUCCACCUUCGGCAGAGACUUUCCCCUUGACAGCGCCUCAUCCGCCAGUCACGCCAAGCUAUGGCCACUCGGAAGCGCUGUCCACAGGCUCGCAGACAACUGAGAAGACCUUUUGGCAGACGGCCCUUGAUAAGACCAAGUACUUCGCUGGAGGACUAAUCAGUCAUCCUUUUGAGUACACAAAGCACUUCGCCAUCCUUCGCCACUCCACCGCCUUAAUCUGGUAUCGUGGUCCCUCAACAUCUGUCACAGUCACCGUCUUCUCAGAUACACCACUGCCUCCUACCCGCACAGUAUGGCUUCAGCGAAAGGGUUUCUCCGGAAACAUGGGGAUGAACCUCAAGUCCCUGGUCGGCGCUAACGACUCCUGGCUCGACGUCACGCCCUCAUCACAAGCCUCACCUGCAGAUAUGGCAGAAGGCGAUGAGCGAGCAUGUCAGCGCGACAUCAAGAAGUUCCUCAAGAAGGCGCCCAAGAACCUCAGCAGGCACAUGCCGAGAGAGACCCACGUCGUCCGUAUCCCAGCUGCAGCUGAUGAUGGGUAUUUCCGACUUGUCCUCUGCGCCGGCGGUGGCGAUAAUGGGAACAGCAAGAGGAAGGUUCUCUGCCCCUCCCCGGUCUUCCGCAUUGCUAGUACAUCUACCGAUGCGAGUGUCGUACGUGGAGCAAGCCUCGCUAGCAUGCCACUUGAGCUCGGCAUUAAAGCCGGCUCGAUCGUCGCGACGACGGUUGCGAAUAAAUACAUCGGCCCUGCUGCCGCCGUUGUGCAGUCAAGGACGAAGAAGCUCCAGACGGCCAAGUUCGUCACAAAACACGCCACCCAUAUCGCCUCUGGAAAGUCUGCCAUCGAGAAAUCAGGUAUCAAGACGACCGUUACGGAGUACGAGGCACAGUAUGCCACGACGAGAAGCCGUGGAUAUGCGCCGUGGCAGGAUGGUGGUGCCGGCUUUGAAGAGGCGCCGCCUGAGGUAAUCGGCCCAGACUCGGGCCCUUUCGACCCGUUUCCCGUCGGAUUCGACGGCAGAGUUGUGCGCGGCACCGGGAGAGGUGGGAUGGAGCUGGGGAUCCCAACAGCCAAUCUUACCGACAUCCCCGAAGACGUCAGAAUGCGCAUGCGGGGGGUCUAUUUUGGCUGGGCAUGUAUUGUUCCCAGAAGCGGCCUCGAGCACAUUUCUACGGACUGGCACGAGAGCAUCAUCACAGUCGGGCCAGCCCCCUACGCCACUCCUCGUAUUGUUGCCAAGAACAUCGCUACUGUGCACAUCAUUCACGAGUUUGGUGGCGCCCUAUUCUUAGAGACCAAGUUGAAAGUCUUGGUCAUGGGCCAGCUGCGGGUGUCUACACCACCAGUCGGCUCAGGCGCGGCCCUGCAGGCAUAUGGUGCAGAUGUCUUGCUUGCCGUUGCGAGCUUGAGUCGGGCCAACUGGGGUCCGGGAGAGACGAGGGAGCGCAUGCGCACAAUGAGGAGCGAGAUGAGCUUGGCGGAUCGGUAUGUUGAGGUUAGAGAGAAGGUGCAGAAGCAGGUCGAUCGGAUACCUGUUCAUCUGGCUGGUGUCAGGACGGAGGGUGCGGCGUUGAGAGACCAAGCCUUUGGAAAUGGGGGCAUGUGGAUUCCAAGGUGA